AUGAGCCACGCCGUCGACGACCUCGUGGCGCUCGGGGCUGUGGCGGCGUCAGCUUCGCGCGCCGAUGAGGGAGGCUCGCCAGCGGCGCCUCCUCGCGGCCGGCCUCACCUCAACUACGUCCAGCUCGCCAACCGGCAGGUGGUGCCCGUGCCGCGCUCGCGCCUCGCGCCGGCGACGGAGGCCGACACGGACGCUUGCGCCGGUGCGAGCGUCGAGCUCGCGCCGACGCCUCAACUGGUGGAGCUGAUGGCUCUCCCUUCGGAGCUCGAGCGCCAGUCCCUGCUCUGCCAGCCCCUGCUGCGCCAGCCCCUGCUGCGCCAGCCCCUGCGGUGCAGCUCUUUGGCGCGGCAGCCGGAGCCGCUGCGCAAGGGCUCGCCUCCGAGAGGCGGGCGAGGCGGUGAGGGAGGAGGCGGUGAGGGAGGCGGUGAGGGAGGAGGCGGUGAGGGAGGCGGUGAGGGAGGCGGUGAGGGAGGAGGCAGUGAAGAGGAGCGCGGCGCCGGCGCGCUGCAGGCGUGGGCGGAGCGGCGGUGGCCAGCCUUCGAGCGGGCGGCCCGCACGUGCGACGUACUCGUCGACGGCCGAGCCACGGCGACGCUGCUUGGUCUGGUGGCGCCGCGAGGCGGCGAGGAGAUGGCUGCAGUGAGCGGGUACGGCUGCGAGAGGCCUGUUCUCGUGCGGGCGGGCCGGUGCGAGGUGGCAGCUGUCGCCGUCCUCUCGAGCGGGGCCGGCCGCUGCCGCGUGACGUGGGCGGACGGCGUCGAGAGCGAGGAGGCGGAGGCGCGGGUCGGAGGCACGGCGGCCGCGUCUUCGCCUCCGCCCCUCGCGCUACGGGAGGCGGCUACACACGAUGCUGCUACACACGAUGCUGCUACACACGAUGCUGCUACACACGAUGCUGCCGCCGGAGGGGCGCUCUCCUCCGAGCCGGGCCCCUCCCCCGAGCCGGACUCGCCCGAGCCGGACUCGCCCGAGCCGGGCAGGUGGCGGCUGCUUCUCUCGCGGCUGAGCGAGUCCGCUCGGGACGCGCUGGCCAGCGACGCCGCCGAGUGGGGGUUCGGGCCCGGCAGGCGAGGCUUGGCGCCUCAGUGGAGCGCGGGCGAGGCUGCGCUGCUCGAGCGGCACGCCGCAGACGGCUCGCACCUCGCGCUCGCCGCUGUGGCGCUGCUGCUCGGCCGCUCACCGUCGUACCUCCGCAGGCGCUGGCAGCAGGCCCGCGUCGAGCGCGCCGUCGCAGGCGCGGCGGUCCCGCCAGCCCAGCCAACGGCGUGGGACCUGCUCUCGCUCGAUUGCGGGCCCGAGCUCCCCGCACCGCUCCGCGCGCACCUCAAAGCUCUCGAGGCGAGGCAGCAGAGGCGAGCAUUGGCCGAGCCUCGUCGCGUUGCCUCAGCCGGCGACGUCUGCAAGCCCUGUUGCGCCGGGCCACGCGGCGGCGGUUGGGGCGAGCCAAGAGGCGGCGAGGCGUGCGGCGAGCCUUGCGUCUUCUUCCAGAUCGACGACAUCACGCACGAGGUCCCCGGCGGGCGGCCUCGGCCGGGCCAGCACCGCGUGCCCGUCUCCGCCAUCAACGAGCUCGACUCGGAGCCGCUGCCGAGCAUCUCGUACCUGCACGCGUGCGUCGGCGGCGCGGACGGCUGCGGCGGCACGGUGGAGAUCGAGGCGCAGCCCGGGUUCCUCACGGGGUGCGCGGGCGAGUGCGAGUCCGGCUGCUGCUUGUGCGCGCGCGAGCAAGGCACCGCCAUGGGGCACGGCGGCGCGCGCUUUGCGUAUGGGCCGGGCGGUCUACUGCGGGCCGCGCCGGACGCGCUGCUGUACGAGUGCAACUCGGCUUGCGCUUGCGGCGCCGGCCGGGCUGCAGGCGAGGCCGCCCCUGACGCAGAGAGAGGCGAGGUCUUGUGCGGUUGGAGCGUAGGGGUCGACUGCCGGAACCGCAUCGUGCAGCGCGGGGUCUUCAAGACGCUGCACAAGGGGUGGGCUGUCCGGCCGCUCGAGCCGAUCGAGGAGGGCCGGUUCGUGUGCGAGUACACGGGCGAGAUCAUCGCGUCCGAGGAGGCGGAGCGGCGCGGCGUCAUCUACGACGCGCAGGGCUUCUCGACCCUCUUCGACCUCGACGUGGCGGGGGCAGACAACGAGUACACGAUCGACGCCAACGACUCGUGCGGCGUCGCGCGCUUCCUCAACCACUGCUGCGAGCCGAACCUGCGGCCGCACUCGGUCUGGGUGGACCACCCGUCGCCAUCGCUGCCGCGGAUCGCUUUCUUCGCCGUCCGGAGGAUCGAGGCGUACGAGGAGCUCACCUUCGACUACAAGUACGACAAGGACGAGCAGGCGGGCCACAAGAUCGAGUGCCAGUGCGGCGCGCCGCGCUGCCGUCGCUGGCUGCGUUGAACCGGCCUCUCUCGCGCCACGUGAAGCCAGCACCACGCGCCUUCCGCCUCGCACCAAUCCCGGCAGCCCGGCACGCGGCAGAGGAGGGGUGCGGGGGCUGGCCAGCGACCUCGCGCUCCUCGGCGAGCCCCGUAGUACGCCGUCCACGGCCGUGCCCGGGAGUGGAUAUCGCUCGAGCGUCGAGGCUCGUGUGCACGACACAUCAAUCAUCAUUUCAUACCGUAAAUGU